AUGACAGGAGAAUGUAACAGAGAUUGCCACUGCGAGGGCAUCAACUUCCAACCUGUGUGCAGUCAGUCGCAGGUUCAGUACUUCUCUCCGUGUCAUGCUGGCUGUUCCAGCAAAAUACACAAUCCCGAAACAAAUAUAUACGUUUGUCGCUUUUAUUUUAUUUUUUUAACAUAUUAUUGUUAA